AUGCCCGACAACGUCAAUCCCCGCGAUGAUUUCUCGUUGCUAAUCCUCUGGUCGACGUUCAACAUUUUCGCGGGCGUCGCGAAUCUCGCUCUCCUAAUCACCUCCCUUUCUGGAGCCAUCCGGACGAGUCGGAUGCUCAUGCAGCUGGAGGGUGUGUUCGUGUGGACGACGUUAACAGGGUCUCUAUUAAUAUGGACCGGUCAUGCGCUGGAUCGACAUCCUCCUUUCGGCUUAUGCUUGGUGAACGCGGCCUUCACGGAUUCGAACGUAGCUGCGCAAGCAGGAGCAGCCCUUUCUCUCGUCCUCAAGGUGUGGGCGGGAGUGAUGGGCGUUACAAGACCAAACUCGCAAGAGCUAGUGCGCAAAAUAAGCAGCGACAUCAUGUGCUUUCUUAUCACCUGGGUAUUCGCCGUCGCUCUGUUUUGGGCAACAUUCGCUGUCGGCAUCCGCAACCAUGACCUCAUCUACAGAGGUUCUCCGUUUUAUUGCACCGUUGAUAACAAUGCAUUGCAAACUAUUCCAUCAGUUAUAGGGGCUGUAUUCACCCUCGCCACCCUCAUUCUUGCUCUUUGGACGGUCAUAAUCGUCGCGCAGGCGCGUUGGCGCGUCCGCAGCAUUCAAACAUCGGGGAUCAACUAUCGUCUCGUCAUCCGAGUGUUUUUGUUCUCUAUCUUCGUUGGCGUGGCUUUUAUAGUCGGCGUCAUAUCCAUAUUGACGUCAUUCGAGGCUGUAGUCCCUGAUUCAGUUAUAUCCUCGACGGGCGUUGCACUGUUUAUAAUCUUCGCCUCGAGCAAGGACGUCGCCGAAUUGUGGUUCUGCUGUAGGAGACCGAUGCUGUCGACUCCCAACCGCACCGGAGUAUCGUCACGAUCACGAUCACGAACGCGUCCCACUCAGCACGAGCUAUCCGCGCUUCCCCAUGCAUCACACGCCAACGACGACGCUUUCGAACCGAGCAAAAGUGCGGCGAUCUCAGACCCCGUCUGGCGGGGGACAAAAACCGAUCCAAGCGUGCAGAUAAGUGUGCAGCGAACCGUCGAUGUCAAAUGGGACGCGGAUUCGGAGCCGGAUCUGGUGGCGCCAAAUUUCCAUGCCCAAUAG